AUGGCGACCGAGUCCAGUCGAUCGCCGCUCCGCAAGGCGGAUGGCUCCCUCCCUCCGAGUCCUCUCAACAGCAUCCCGGACCACUCCACCUCGCCCCCGUCGUCCGCCGUGUUCGGCCGGAACGAUCUUUCUGUGGUGAUGGCGAUGGCGGAGAGGGAACCGGAGCCAGCUGGGUCGCGAGUCGUGUCGGGGAUCCUGCACCGGGACCGCCGCGAGGAAGCGGUGCGGCGGACGGCGGUGGUCGCCCGGCUUGCCGCGGCGGCGCUAUGCCUCGUCGCCUUCUCCGUCCUGGCUGCCGAUAGAGACAAGGGUUGGGCUCUCGACUCCUACAACCGCUACAAGCAAUUCCGGUAUGGUUCCGCCCAGGAUUUCUCCUUUGAUUGCCAUUCUCGAAUUGGGUCUCUUAGUGUUGUCGAAAGGGCACGACACAUCGGUGCAUCCAAGGUGCCCAACAACGAUAUCUAG